UUGUUCCCGGGCCCCGCCGCAGGCUGGCUGCGGCGGACUGGGCGGCGGAAGUUUGACGGCGCCGGCUAGUGGCUCCGGCAGCGGCGCUGGAGUCCCCGCAGGUCCUCCACCAGUACCGCAGCGAAGCCGGAGGCCAGGCGAUCCUGACCGUGAGAUCCUGGACGGGAGGAGGAACUCCUUUGACACACAAACAUGGACCUGGAGGCCAAAGUGAAAAAGAUGGGCUUAGGUCAUGAGCAAGGAUUUGGAGCCCCCUGUUUAAAAUGCAAAGAAAAAUGUGAAGGAUUCGAACUACACUUCUGGAGAAAAAUAUGUCGUAACUGCAAGUGUGGCCAAGAAGAGCAUGAUGUCCUCUUGAGCAAUGAAGAGGAUCGAAAAGUGGGAAAACUUUUUGAAGACACCAAAUAUACCACCCUGAUUGCAAAGCUAAAAUCAGAUGGAAUUCCCAUGUAUAAACGUAAUGUUAUGAUAUUGACCAAUCCAGUUGCUGCCAAGAAGAAUGUCUCCAUCAAUACAGUUACCUAUGAAUGGGCUCCUCCUGUCCAGAAUCAGGCAUUGGCCAGGCAGUACAUGCAGAUGCUGCCCAAGGAGAAGCAGCCAGUGGCAGGCUCAGAGGGGGCACAGUACCGAAAGAAACAGCUGGCAAAGCAGCUCCCUGCACAUGACCAGGACCCUUCAAAGUGUCAUGAGUUGUCUCCCAAAGAGGUAAAGGAGAUGGAACAGUUUGUGAAGAAAUAUAAGAGCGAAGCUCUGGGAGUAGGAGAUGUCAAACUUCCCCGUGAGAUGGAUGCUCAAGGCCCCAACAGAAUGUACAUCCCUAGCGGGGAUAGAAGCACCCCAGCAGCCGUGGGGGCCAUGGAAGACAAAUCAGCCGAACACAGAAAAACUCAGUAUUCCUGCUACUGCUGCAAACAGAGUAUGAAAGAGGGUGACCCAGCCAUCUAUGCUGAAAGGGCCGGCUAUGAUAAACUGUGGCAUCCAGCUUGUUUCGUCUGCAGUACCUGCCACGAGCUCCUGGUCGACAUGAUUUAUUUCUGGAAGAAUGGGAAGCUGUACUGUGGCAGACAUUACUGUGACAGUGAGAAACCACGGUGUGCUGGCUGCGAUGAGUUGAUAUUCAGCAAUGAGUACACCCAAGCAGAAAACCAAAAUUGGCAUUUGAAACAUUUCUGCUGCUUUGACUGUGACAACAUCCUAGCUGGGGAAAUAUAUGUGAUGGUCAAUGACAAGCCCGUGUGCAAGCCCUGCUAUGUGAAGAAUCAUGCUGUGGUAUGUCAAGGGUGCCACAAUGCCAUCGACCCUGAAGUGCAGCGGGUGACCUAUAACAAUUUCAGCUGGCAUGCGUCCACAGAGUGCUUUUUGUGUUCCUGCUGCAGCAAGUGUCUCAUUGGGCAGAAGUUCAUGCCAGUAGAAGGGAUGGUUUUCUGUUCAGUGGAGUGUAAGAAGAUGAUGUCUUAAGAGGAAAGUACCAAGCAGUAUUGAGCCAUAGCUAUCCUAAAUGGUCUGCAUUUCUACUGUAAAAUGCAAUUUGGAAAAAUAAAUGGAAAAAAAGAAACUGUAAAGGAAACCAGGAGAUUUUGUUCAAUACCUUUCUUUGCUGUUUUUCCUUAUCGAUUUUUUUUUUCAUCUCAAUUUUUAAAACCUGCCUUUUAAGCACUUGAUUUUUAAAACAGUAAGGAAUUUUUAUCUUUCCUUAGCUUUCCUCAUGUAAAAUCUUGGAGGUGGAAGCCUGGGUUUAAUUAAUCUUCAUACACCUAUCCCCCUGUGCCAAACAAACUAUUUAUGAACACUUAAAAAUUAGUGUGCUGAAUGGAAAAAUGCACAUUACUAGUUCUAUAUUCUUUUCCCCCCUCUCAUGUAAAAUGAAAGGAAAUUAAACUUGCCCUAAUGCCAAGGCUCUGCGUUUAUUGCCUUAUCUUAUUCACUGAACUUUGUAGUGAUACUCAGUGAAUUCUUUUGACAAAGAAAAGAGAAACGCAGCAGAGUACAGAGGGCUAUUAUCAUUCUAAUGCUUUUGCAUUUGCUCUUUUCUCAUUUAGGCAGAGGUGGCUUUAUUGCAUUUCUCUACUUUUUUUUUUUUUUUUUAACUUGCCCUACCUCGCAGUAUUCUCUCUGUAAGCUCAUGACCUCCAUCUGUGGCCUUAAAUACUUUAUUGUCACACGUGGCAUCCACUUUUUCCUUCUAUAGGUGAUUUCUGGCUUGGACAUAAAAGCCAAGCCAUUCACUUACGUUUCCAAUCCAAAGAACAUGUAUACCUUUUGUACCCAAGAAACUAUAACUUGUACUGAUUGCACUUGCCUACCAUGGUUUGGAUAGAUUUUUUUUUUUUUUGCAUGAAUUUACUCUUUUCUAAUGGAUACUGUUGUAUGGUGCUUCUAAACCUGUUCAAGGGUAUAUAUCGAAUGUCUUCUUUGCCUGUAUACUUCCAUCUUUAGAUAUUUCUAUGUUUAUUUUUCCAUAUAUACUUCCAUAUAUACUAUGCACUAUAAAGAUGAAACUGAAUGAAUGAUAUGUAUAUUCAAAAUAAAGUCUCUUUCACCUCAACAAUUGUACCUUUAUUC